AUGCGUACAUCUUCAAUUGCGCUCUUCGCAGCGUCCGCGCUUGCGCAGACUCAAUAUGGCGAGAACCAUGUCAACGUGAACUUUGACUCGCAGCUUGUGGAACAGACGGCUUUCCCAGCGCCGAAUGUGACUCUCUUGAGCCCUGCGUUCUUGCCGAACGCCUCGUUUGAUCCGGGCUGGACAGAGGGAACAGAAGGCGCGACGUCACAAUACAAGCUAGAGGAAUUCAUAAGCGGUCUUGCGGCAAAGAACCCUUCAUGGAUGACCUACGAUGUAGCCGACUUCCUGAGCGAAGAAGGCAAGACAUUUCCAUACGCGUACCUUUCGACGUCAGGAUCAAACACAACUACUGGUUAUGCGACCUCUGACAAACUGAGGGUAUGGAUUCAAGGCUCAGUUCAUGGAAAUGAACCUGCCGGAGACGAAGCCACUCUCGCUCUUCUUGGCGCCAUGGAUAACGACCCAGAAUGGGCUGCCAGCUUUCUGGAAAAGAUGGACAUCAUCGUACUGCCACGUUACAACCCUGACGGAAAUGCCUACUUCCAGCGUACUUUGGCUACCAACUUUGACCCAAACCGCGACCACACGAAACUUGUGCGCCAGCAAACUCGCGAGAUCAAAAAGUGGUUUAGCAGCUUUUCUCCACACAUCGCAAUUGACAUGCAUGAGUACGGUGCUGCAACACGCUACUCUGGCAACUACAGUAAUGCGGCAGAUGGCAUGUACAGCGCAGCCAAGAAUCUCAACAUUCACCCAUCCAUUCGCACGCUCUCCGAGACCGUCUUCGCUCCCGCCAUCAACGCAUCUCUCCUUUCCAAAGGCCUACGUGGAGAACCCUACGUCACGGCUGCGCGAACAAAUCCACCUCGUCUCGAAGAAGCCGGCACUGAUGCGAAGAUUGGGCGAAACGCCAUGGGACUGACACAAUGCGUGACUUUCCUCUUUGAGACCCGCGGUAUUGGCAUUGCGAGCCAAGAGUUCAAGCGCCGCACGCUCGCAGGACUACAGAUGAUUCUUGGUGUACUAGAGACUGCUCGCGACGAGGCCGGCGUUAAGGAAACCAUCGAAAGUGCCAUUGCGGAGGUUAUUGAGAGCGAGGAGGAGAUUGUGAUUACUGAUUACACUACCUUUUCGAACCGCACAUACACCAUGGUCGACCGUCGGACGGGUGAGGUAGUCCAACUACCCAUUGAGUUCGCUAGCACUACGCCUGCAACUGCCAAUAUGACUCGCACCCGGCCUGAAGGAUACAUUAUCCCUCGCGCUUGGGCUGAUCUCGCCGAGCGCCUUAGGGUCUCUGGGCUAGAAGUUGAGACCAUACCUGAGGUUUUCCACGGAGAGGUUGAGGCAUACAACAUCACUUCUUCUAGCCUCGCUUCGUCGUACUACGAAGGCGCUAUCCUGAACACCGUGACUACAGAGACACUUGUCCAGGAUGUUACGCUGCCCGCCGGGAGUUUCUUCGUAAGCAGUGCCCAGAAAAACGCAGGGCUAGCUUUUGUCGCGCUAGAGCCUGAAAACAUCGACUCUUACGUAUCUUUCGGUAUUGUACCUAUGGAGGUUGGGGAUGCGUAUCCAGUGUUCAGGAAGGUAUGA